AUGAUACGCCAUCGCAUGGACCCGGGCAUUAAUGCGAAACUGCUGAACCAUUUCGGGAGGACUGAGGAAGAAGACAUUGUGUAUGAAGAUUACGAGCAGGACCCCGAAACGAAAUCACCCAUUUAUGGCGACUCGGAUCUGGAAGCACUUGAGCUGAAGGUUGAUGCGCUUGGACAGCGACGGCCUUCAGGGGCCAUUAAUCGUUAUCUCAGGUUGGAGGGCAUAUACGAAAAUUCUCGACGUUUACCUAUCAUGUGCAGUGGGUAUCUUCUCUCAUGUACUGUGGCUGGUUCACACUUUUGGGACGUCUAUUUUCUAAUGCCGACAACAAAAGAAAAAGCGAAUAGAACCGGAGAGCAUACAAGUGUUAGAGGGUUGCAUUUGGCCAUUUGA